UAUUUGUUGGCGGCCGACCAGAGUGAUGUGAGAGGCGUGGUAUAAUUGUUAUCACACUGUCGACCUCAUAGACAACGGAUGGCUAGUCCAACCGAGACGUAAGGCGCGCAUACUCCUCGCUGGAGGCCAUGUUGGCUAGUCCCACCACUUCGGGUUCUUCUAGUACCCCUUUUUCAGUUAAAGACAUUCUCAACCUGUCAGAUCAAGGAGGAUUCGAUCCCCAGGCCUUUCUCCUACAGGCUCAAAACCUGGAGAAAGUGCUUUUUGAUGAAACGGACGGAUUAGGUUUACUUACCUCUACGUCACCUACUACACCAUUUAGGGACUUCGUUUCUCAGGGCUAUUCCACCACUCUUCAGUGUGGACAGCUUCCACCUCCUCAACCUCCGACUGCACCACCUUUGACAUCACCUCACGUCCAGAGUUUAUCCCAUUUGUGUCCACCUUUUCCUGGUAAUGGUGCUUCGAGAGACAACCAAUAUUACGGAGGUACCGUCGAACCUGCUCCUGCUUACUCACUUCCAAACUCGUCCAUCCAACAUCAAGCAGAGACAGCAGUCAAUGAGAAAAAAACGACUUGCCAACUUUCUGUAUCGCAACCUCGCAAUAACAGUAUCAAUUCUACAAGUUGUCGAUCAGAUUCGGGUCAAACUCGACAGAGAACAAGGAGAAAACCUCGUGUCUUGUUUUCACAAGCUCAGGUAUACGAAUUAGAAAGACGAUUUAAACAGCAACGUUAUCUUUCGGCACCAGAAAGAGAUCAACUGGCAAAUAUGCUGAAACUUACAUCCACCCAAGUCAAAAUUUGGUUUCAGAAUCGCCGUUAUAAAUGCAAAAGACAAAGGCAAGACAAAACUUUAGAGUUAACUGCAGCUAACAUCCACUCGCCGAGACGAGUAGCUGUGCCUGUUUUAGUUAGAGACGGGAAACCGUGUCCACCUUCUUAUAGCGCUUCUGCACCCGCUUAUAACGUCGGAGGAGGUUACGUACCACAAGGUGCACCUACAGCAGGUUACACACCCGUUUCUACAUACGGAACAGGUAUGCAACAAACUAACGGAGGAUACGGUAACGUGCAACCUCAAGUCCAGCAACUCCACACAGCGCAGAGUCUUCAAGCAUGGUGAAGAAAUCGUGGCAUUAUUUGGUGAAAAAUUACUAAAAAAAACAGUAUUUUUUUGUUUUUAAAAAAUGGAAUAUAUAGCAUUUUUAUUUAACUCACUGUACAUGUUAGUCUCCUACGCUGCUGGAGAUAUAAGAAUUGUGUAUAUACGGCAAUAAAAAAUUGGUUAAAAAAUACACUUAACUGUCUGGAACAGUUCGCGUUUAUUUUUGUUUUUUUUAAUUCGAUUUAAUCACAUAAAAUGCGAUAUUAAUAGUAAAAAGAUUUAAUGUUUUAAAAUUAAACUAAGUCCUGUUAUGUAAUUGAAGACAAUCCCCAGUUAAGACCUUGGAUAACUUCCAAAAUGUUAAAGUGAUCGUGGUUAAGUUGGUUAAAAUGAAUGAAACAUGAUAUAUUAUUUUCUUUAAACAGUCAAUUAAACGGCCUAGCUUCAAUAUAUAUAUAUAUAUAUAAUAUAUAUACAAUUAUAUGCAUAUAGGCCUAUAUUUAUAUAGUAAA